CCAGGCCUGGCGGGACCAUGCAUUUUUAAUGUGGCAGUGAGCAUUUUGGGAGGCCUCGCUCACUCAUCUUGGGUUUUCCCAGCGCCUAGCAAAUAGCUCAUUCCUAAUAAGAUCAUUGUUGGGAAGAACACUGGAUACAACAAUAAACACAAUCUCUGGCAUGAUGGCUCAGAUCCUAAGAUCUCAUCUCAUCAAUGCUUCACUGAUCCCUAGUAGAGUGAAAACGCUUCCAUAUUGUGGUAUCAUUGGGAAUAGGAUGGUAUCAACCCAUAAGCCCAAAAGGAAGAUGAAAGAAUAUUACAGGCUGCUGAAUCUAGAUGAAGGCUGCUCAGUGGACGAGGUCAGGGAAUCCUUCUGUAAGCUCGCCAAACAAUACCACCCAGACAGUGGCUCUAGUGAGGCUGACGCUGCAACAUUCAUAAGGAUCGAAGAAGCUUAUAGGAAUGUGCUUUCCCACGUGACAGAACAAGCGAAUGCCAGACAGUCAAAAAGUGACGAAACACAAGAAGAAGACAAACUCAAACAUAAUACACCCCAACACCGACAUUAUUUAAGUUUUGAAGGUGUUGGUUUUGGGACUCCAAGUCAGCGAGAGAAACAGUACAGGCAGUUCAGGGCCGACCGUGCCACUGAGCAGGUGAUGGAGUACCGGAGACAGAAACUUCAAAGCCAGCAUUUUGCUAACAGCAUAACCGUGAAAGAUGUAAGACACAGCAAGCAACAAAAGAUAACUCAAGCCAUAGAGCGCUUAGUGGAGGAUCUCAUUCAGGAAUCAAUGGCCAGAGGAGACUUUGACAAUCUCAGCGGGAAAGGAAAACCUCUACAAAAGUUUUCUGGCUGCUCCUAUAUCGAUCCCAUGACUCACAACCUGAACAGAAUAUUGAUAGAUAAUGGAUACCAACCAGAGUGGAUCCUCAUGCAAAAGGAAAUAAAGGACACUAUCGAGCAACUCCGAGAAGAGCUUUUAACGUCGAGGAAGAAGCUAGGGAAUCCAAUGACACCCGUGGAGCAGAAACAGUGGGACCACGUGUGUGAGCGAUUUCAAGAAAACAUCAGAAAACUAAACAAGCGAGUUAGUGAUUUUAAUUUAAUUGUUCCCAUCCUAACCAGGCAAAAAGUCCAUUUUGAUGUGCAGAAAGAAAUUACCAGAGCCCAGAAAACUUAUGACGAGGCCUUCGUACAAACAAAAGAAGUCACAGAUAAAAGCCCCACUGACGUUAACCGGGACGAAGAGGAAACACCUGGUAUUAAGGCAGUCUUUUUCAACUGGUUGAAUGUGUGGAAAUCUAUUAAAAUAUGACCAGCCCAAUGCUCGCUAUCCUGUGCUGGGCAAGCUAGUGUUCAGUUGCUUUGACAUCAACCAUAGAGCCCGAGAUUUAUUUCUGUGCCACAGGAAUUUGAGAAUUGCAUCCCUUUAUUCUUUUGACAAAACCAAUCACAUCCCAGCGACAUGUGAGGUAAAUUAAAGGACAUUUCAAUCAGCAUUGCUCGAAGGAUAUCGUGAGAAAGAAAGAAAGAACUUUAGAGAAAAGAGUUUGUUUUGUUUUAUUUUUUUUAAGUAUUUUAUUUAGAGAAAGAGGCAGAUAGAAAGAUCAUGGGCAU